AUGUCAAGAGUAAUAGUAAGAUUUAUCUUGAAUGGACAAUGCAUUGCAAAUAAACCACUAAAUUCACAAGACAAUCUGAAAAUCGCAAGAGAGAAAAUAAAAGGAAAGAUGCUUGACUCACAACACUUUUUAACAAAAGAUGGAGAUUUAAUUGAUGUAAACGAUGAAGAGAGUUAUACUAUAGGAGAUGUAAUUGAUGAGAAAAGAAUAAUAAAUAUUAAAGGAACAGAAGUUAAAAUAGGAAUAAGAAUAAAGAUAAAUGAUAAAGUACUUACCACUAUUGAAAUAGACAAUAAAACAACGAUAAACAUUAUUAGAACAUUAGUUCAAAAUAUACCAGAAUCAGCACAUUUCUACACACUUGACAAUGACAAAAUUGAACGAGAUGAAGAAGAAGAAUUUACUGUAGAAGAUAUAAUAAAUAAUGAAGAAAUUAAUCUUAAAGAAGAAAAAGAAAAUAUACCAGAAAUAAAUGAUAUAACAAUUGGAAUAUGUUUGAAUGGGAAACCACUGAUAAAAAAACAAUUCAACAAGACUAAUUCUCUUUCAGAUGUUAGAAAAGAAAUUGAAAAUGUAAAACAAAUUCCAAAAGACUUUGUGUUUGAAGAUCUAGAAGGAUUUAAAAUACCAAUUGAUGAUGAACAAUCAUUAAAAUUAACAUCUAUUUUGUAUAACAAUAAGAUCAAUAUAACAACAGAAGUUACAGGUGUGUCUGAACCAAGUACUACCACAUCUCUUCUAGGUUCACCAAAUAAUAGUACGAUACCUGGCAAUUCUUUAACUAAUAGUAUCACUUCUGAUAUUUCACUGAGUAAUAACACAUGCAUAUUUGAACCAAAUAUUCCAAUUGAAGGAAGUAUAAGAUUGAAAAGUCAUGAAGAAGGAAUGUUGAAAAUAUAUUUAUAUCCAAAUGAACCAUUUAAUCAAAAAGAUGAGAGUGAUGCUAUUGCUAUUCUAGUUGUUGGUCAAACAGGAAGUGGAAAAACUACAUUAUUGAAUAGUUUUGUAAAUGCAUUAUAUGGAAUAAAAAUAACAGACGACUUUAGAUAUAUAAUUAUAAAUGAAGAUAAUUUAAAACAGAAUAAGGAUCAAUCUAUAAGUCAAACAAGUCAAGUAACAAUUUAUAAUAUUAAAAGAACAAAAAGAACACCACCAAUCAAAAUAAUAGAUACACCAGGAUUUGGAGAUACAAGAGGAAUUACAUGGGAUAUAGAAAUUACUAAACAAAUAAAAGAGGCAUUUGAAACAAAAGUAUUAGAUUUAAAUGCUAUUUGUUUUGUUGCACCAUCAAGUAACGUAAGACUAACAGCGAGUCAAAAAUAUAUAUUCGGGAAUAUUAUUGAUUUAUUUGGGAAAGAUGUGAAAAAGAAUUUUAUUGCGAUGCUUACAUUUUGUGAUGGUAAAAAACCACAAGUUAUAAAUGCAUUACAAUCAAAAGAAUGCAUUUUCAGUACAAUUAUUCCAGAAAUAGAUAACCCGUGGUAUUUAAAAUUUAAUAAUUCAGCUAUUUAUGAUGAUAAUACAGAAGAUGAAUUUACACAAAUGUUUUGGAAAUUAGGUAUGAAGAACUUUGAUGACUUUAUAACAAAAUUACUAAACCUACCAAGAAUAUCAUUAGAGAAAUCUAGAGAAGUGUUGAAGAGAAGAGAACGUAUUAAAGUUCAGCUUGAAGGAUUAAGAACAUCAUUAAACAAUGGUUUAUCAAAAUUGGAUGAAAUAAAACAGAUAUAUGAACAAUUCUAUUUAAAUCGGGAUAAAGUUAAAAAUAAUGAAAAUUUUACUUUUACUGUAAACAUAACGGUACAAAAAAAGAUUGACUUAGAACGAGGAGAAUAUGUAACUAAUUGUUUAAAAUGUAAUAAAACGUGUCAUUAUCCAUGUGGGAUUGCAGGAGAUGUGAAAGAUGGAUGUGCUUGCAUUGAUAAUGAUUAUUGUAAUGUAUGUGGUUGUCAUUAUACACGACAUGCAAACUCGAAAUAUAGAUUUGAUUAUGUAAUUGAGAAAGAACAACAAACAGCACAAGAAGUACUUGAGAGAUAUAAUGAAGGUAAAAAAGGAAUGGCUAGUGCAGAAAGUAUGUUAAAAAAGUUAGAAGAAGAUUAUUACAAAAUUCAGAUGGAAUGUUAUGAUAAAGAAGUAGAAAUUGUAGAAUGUAUUAACACAUUAUCUGCAAUAGCAUUAAAUGAUAAAAUUACAGGGUCAAAUGAAUAUUUAGACAUAAUGAUUCAAUCAGAAAAUGAUGAAAAGAAAACGGGGUAUAAAGUACGAAUUGAAGGAUAUAAACAACUUAAACAAGCAAAUGAUAUAAUAGAAGGUAUUAUGAAAAAAUCAACAACAAAAAAGAGUAAGGAUGAGAUUAAGGCUGAGCUUAAAAGAAGAAAGACAGAUUUAGUUAAUGGACAAAAAAUAACAUUAGAUAAAAAUUGUGAAGGUUGUGUUAUUUGCUAA